GGUAGGAGAGAGAGAGAGACAGAGAGGUGGAGAGAGAGAGAGAGGGGGGAGAGAGAGAAAGAAGAAAACGUUUUCAACUGUGAGGUAGGAGAGAGAGAGAGACAGAGAGAGAAAAAAACAUUUUCAUCUGUGGAAGGUAGACUAGAGAGAACUUUUUCAUCUGUGGAAGGUAGGAGAGAGAGACUGAAGAAUUUAAUCUGUGGGAGGUAGGAGAGAGAGACCGAGGAAUUGGAUCUGUGGGAGGUAGUGUAGUGUAAUUACAGAGUUUAUAGCGCCGUACCAAGCCUGCCACAUCACUAUGGACACAACGGAAUAUAAGACGUCCUUAACCGUUUUUACCCUCUUCUGUGUCCUGUCGAUAUGCUGGUGUGCCCCUCAACGGUUCUGCCAGCCUGGAGACGACAAUUCGGGAAGAUGCAACAACGGUCCAGAUGUAGAAAAACCCGCAGUGUGUUCAGAGAUUAACCUGGGUUACUGCAAUGACCUGGACUACUCCAGGACCAUCUUCCCUAACAUCCUAGGUCAGCAGUCUCGUCACGAGGUGGAGUCUGGAGCUGAGUACCUCCUCCUCUCUGUGAUCCACGGUCUCCUCAACGGGGAGUGUUCCCCCGACAUCCGUCUGCUGGGGUGCUCCGUACUCGCCCCGCGCUGCCAAGACCUACCCAGCCCCGCACCUGUCAAGUCAUGCCGCAGUGCAUGUGAGGCGGUGAGGAAGGGGUGUGGCCACGCGUUCGAGGGCAUCGACAUGGCGUGGCCUUACUUCCUAGACUGUGACCGAUUCUUCGCCGGCGAACAGGAAGGCUGUCACGACCCGUUGGCCCCGUUAAGAGCCAGACAGGAAGUGGCUUUCUCCAACCUGUCUCCAGACGAACCCUCCACCAUCAUUCAGUUCACGUACCACUCCAACUCCCAAAUGUACAGCGUUCUGAAGAGGACGGCUGCCAAGUGCUCUCACAUCUCCCGCACCUACAGUAUCGGACGCAGCACAGAGGGGAAAGACCUCCUGGCCAUAGAGUUCACAGACAACCCCGGAGGGCAUGAACUGUUGGAACCGGAGAUCAAGCUGGUUGGCAACAUGCAUGGCAACGAGGUCCUGGGUCGCCAGUUGCUGCUCUACCUGGCCCAGUACCUGUGUUCCGAGUAUCUCCUUGGCAACCAGCGUAUCCAGACGCUCGUAAACACCACGCGCAUCCACAUCCUGGCGUCCAUGAACCCCGACGGUUACGAGCUGGCGGCCGCCGAGGUAGAGGAUAGCAACGACCCGGAACAACAACCACACCACAACCAGGAAGGUCACGAGCUCAACGGUUGGACGGUGGGUCGCACCAACGCUCAGAACCUAGACUUGAACCGAAACUUUCCUGACCUUACGUCUAUCCUCUACCGGAAUCGCAGGAUCAAACGGUUCCGCACAGACCACAUCCCCAUCCCAGACUCUUACUGGUUUGGUAAGGUAGCUUCAGAGACCUAUGCAGUGAUGAAGUGGAUCAGGUCUGUGCCGUUUGUCCAGUCUGCAAGUCUCCAUGGUGGAGAGCUGGUGAUCUCUUAUCCCUUUGACUUCUCUAGACACCUCCAUGAAGAGAGGAUGUUCUCCCCUACACCUGAUGAACAGGCAUUUAAGCAGCUGGCCCGGACAUACGCAGACUCUCACGCCAGCAUGGCCGACAACAACACAGAGAGGUGUGGAGCGUCCUUCAUCCGGAGUGGAGGCAUCAUCAACGGAGCUCUGUGGUACAGCUUCCCAGGGGGCAUGUCAGACUUUAACUACCUCCACACUAACUGUCUGGAGAUUACAGUGGAGCUGGGCUGUGACAAGUUCCCUUCUGAAGAGGAGCUCUACCCAGAGUGGCUCAGGAACAAGGAGGCCCUGCUCAGUUUCAUGGAGUCGGUCCACAGAGGUAUUAAGGGAGUGGUGAAGGAUGAAGAGGGCUAUGGAAUAAAGGGAGCGUCCAUAUCUGUCAGGGGAAUUCGUAAAGAUGUCACCACAGCGGAGGAAGGUGAUUACUGGAGGUUAAUGAACUCAGGAACACACAUCAUAACAGCAUCAGCUAAAGGUUACUCCAAAGUCAGCAAGAGAAUUUACCUGCCUGCUCACAUGGAAAAAGCUGGGCGGGUCAACUUCGUGCUCAAAAAGGUCCCUGUUCAGCCAGUAGGACCAGACUACCACCUGUUCCUCAGCUCCUCCUUGGACACUUAUGAGCGCUUCGACCCUUACAACCACUUCCAGAGCUACGGCCGCUCCGAGCCGGGAGAACCCAGGGAACCCAGGGAACCCAGGGAACCGGGGAUGGGAGCAGAGGGACAGGAGAAGCCGUGGUGGUGGAACUACUUUACUCAGGCAGGAGUCUCUGCUCCCACCUGGCUGCUACGGAACUUCUAGAAGACUGGACAGGAGAAAGACUGAAAACGGCACACUAUUCCCUUAUUCCCUCACACUAUUCCCUUAUUUGGUGCACUACAUUUGACCAAAGCCCAAGUGCAUUGUGGGGCGGCAGGGUAGGCUAGUGGUUAGAGCGUUGGACUAGUAGCCGAAAGGUUGCAAGUUCAAAUCCCCUAGCUGAUAAGGUACAGAUCUGUCAUUCUGCCCCUGAACAACCUA